AUGCAGCUGGACCUCCACUCUCCCAGGGAGCCCCGCAGGGAUGCAACUGGAUCUCCACUGCCUCAGGGAGCCCCGCAGGGAUGCAGCUGGGCCCCCCACUCUCCCAGGGAGCCCCGCAGGGAUGCACCUGGAAUCCCCGUUCACCCGGGGAUGCAGCCGGACCCCCACUCCCCCAAGGAGCCCCGCGGGGAUGCAGCCGGACCCCUCCCAACCCGGGGAUGCAGCCGGACCCCUCCCAACCCAGGGAUGCAGCCGGAAGCCCCACUGCCCCAGGGAUGCAGCCGUUCCCCCUCUCCCCCGGGAGCCCCGCUGACCUGCCCGCAGCCGCCCGUCCCCGCCGCAGCCCCACCUGCUCGGCAGCGCCGGCCCCGCCCCACCCGCAGCGCCGCCCGGCACGGGGCGGGUCCUGCCGGGUCCCCUCCUCGCACCCCGGCCCCGAAGGACGGGCGGGACGGGCUUCCCCCGGUCUGA